AUGUUUAAUUCACCAUUUCCACCAUUAAACCGCAAAGUUAGAUACAGAACUGCCAUGGAAAGAGCAGGGUUUGAUGUUAAUAAAAAUGCUGCUGAAAAAUCAAGUUCAUCAAACUUUUCAUUAUAUAGCAAGAAAGUACCAUUUGGUAGUAGUGUAUUUAAUACACCAGUUCAACAACAAUUACCCUUUAGCAAAAAUACUAAUACCACACAAAGUAGCAAUGUAACUUCUCCUGCUUUGAAAAAAGAAAAUACAGCAUUAAUAAACUCACCAUAUCUUUCUAAAAAAGAGAACAUUCCUGAAGUAAAAAUAGCUAAUUCUGAUGACAAUAAUUCCAAGAGUAGUAUUGACCUUUUCGUUUUCCCAGAAAAUAGUGUCUCUCGUGAGGAAAUUGAAAAAAUGGAAACUGAAAAUGACUACCCACCUAUAAGUGAAAGUUUGGACAAGAAUUACCAAUCAACUAAUAAUAUUAAUGAAUCUACUGCUUCUAUUAAUGCAUCCACUACAAAUGAUAAAAAGAAUGAUACUUUAGAUAACAAUUCUAUGUCUAUCUCUCCCUUUUCUGAUAUUAAAAACCCAUAUUCCCAAGGAAAUAAUAUGUCCGUAACAAAUCCUAGUGAUACUAGUUCAAUCAUCACUGCAGCCAUAGAAAAGGGAAAUUUUGAAGCUAGACAGAAAAGUUUUGAUAUGUUAGUUUCUGCCGAUUCUUAUAAUCCUGACAAAGACAUGGGUGAACUAGCUUUUGGAACUUUAGAAGUUGUUGAUAUUAGUAUUGCCGACAAGGAUAGCAAAGUGCAGAGUAAAGAAGAAACACAAAACAUGAGAACUGAACUUAAAACACCGGUUGAGAUAAGGGAAAAAACAAAACAAGAAGACCUUAAACAUGGAAAUUUAAAAGAAUCCCCGAAUGUGAUAUCUAACAACUAUGGUAACACCACUAAUAGUGGAGCUUCGCAAUUAAUCUUUAAUGAGCAAGUACCGCCAGAUAUUUUGGAGGAAGAGGGAAACGUGUUUGAUCCACAUCAUGAUGAAAUUUUUGAUACUAAUAAUGGGUUUUCUUCAAUGGAGCAAAAGGGGGUUUAUUCUGAUGCGAUUAUGAACAUUAACAAUAGUAACAAGGAAACCCAGGAAAAUAGGUUUCCCAGUGAAGAUAUGUUUAUAAAACAAAUGGAGGAAUCUAACACCAAGACAUCUAAACAGUUGAAAGAAUUAAUGUCACAAUUAAAUAUUUCUUCUGAUUCCAAGGAUGAGGCGAUGCACGCUGUUGAUAAAGAUGGUACGCUUCAUGAAAUGGGAAACAGCAAAUCAAGUUUGAAUUUACCACCAGGCGCUGUGAGUGACGAUGAUGAUGACGAUGGUAAUGGAAAUCAUAUGAAUAAAUCCAGUGCCUAUUUAUCAAAUUUUUUGGUCGAUCAAAAUGCUCUGAAUCUUUUGAAAAAUAUGGAUAAUAAUGCCACUAUUGAUAGUUUAUCCAGUGCUGUUUUUUUCAGUAAAAAUAAAGAGGGUGUUUUAACCCAAUUUCAAAAUGAAACACAGCUUGGCAUAUCUACGUCCAAUUCCUUUUCGCUAGGAUCAGUCAAUGAAGCAAAUGACAAGGAUGCUAAUAGUCGUAGUAACUCCACAAUUUUAAGUUUUAAUGAAGAAGAGCAAGCUGGGGAUGACGCUUCUAUAUUGGAGUUUGAAGAAGCAGAUAUUAGUACAUCAACCCAAGACCCAAGCUUAGAUUUUGGCUCGUUCCCUGAGAAAAACAACAAUAAUCACAAUGGGACUUCUACAAUAGAAGAUGUUGUAGAAGAAACGAAACCUUUAUCUAUAACCUAUCCCGCAGGCGAAGGCCCUUGUAGAACCUGUAACCAAGAAAUAUUACCACAUGAAAAAAGAAUAUAUUCAAAAAAGGAUAAUGAAUUAUCUGGACAAUGGCAUCGUAAAUGUUUCCAUUGCAGCAAAUGUGAGCUGAAAUUUAAUAGAAACAUUGCCUGUUAUAUACUGGAUGAUAUGCCAUAUUGUCAGUUUCAUUAUCACGUGACUAAUAACAGUAUAUGUAGAACCUGUUCUGGGUUUAUAGAGGGUGAAUGUUUGGAGAGUGAUGCGAAAGAAAGGUUUCACAUUAAAUGUUUAACCUGUUUUAUAUGCCAUCAAAUUAUCAAUGAGGACUAUUAUAUUUAUAAUAAUUUACUAGCUAUAUGUACGAAUCAUGAUUUGGAUCAGCUGGUUGAGGGAGGCCUAGAAGGGGAUGGAAAUACUGGGGCUAAUUCCAUUUCCAAAAGAAGAACGCAUUUUGUGGAAACUUGA